CUCAAAGGCGCCAUUAACGUAAAACUGUGUCUGAAACAGUCCGCAAUGUUGCUCGAAGUCCAUGUCUGUCCCCUGUAGCCUAACUGGAGGAUACUCCAAGAUGAGUAGGGUAGGCAGCCUACUUGUGGGGUGGAACUUGGUAUUUCGUGGCCACUCCCUGAUGUGAGUGGCCGGUAAACCACAAGACAGGAGAAGUUGCUGAGAGCGACCUAUACGCACUGACUUGAGUGGCGCAGGGAGGAGAUUUCUUCAGUGGGCAUCCACUUUUGGUGUCACAAGUUGAAAUGGAGAGUCCGUCCCCGUCGCUCAGGCGGCAAGCGUGGGUCCAGACCAGCCGACAGUGGCAGACCCUGGAGAACGAUCCCCAGGCACCAUCGCAACCCCCUCCUCCUCCUCCUCCUCCCUUUUUCUCCACAGAGCAGCAGCACUUCACCGAUGAAUGUUGCUCCAUCGAGAGCUGGCUGCUCCGCUGCGGGCAGCAGCUGGGACCUGAUGGUUCAGGCCAAUUGCCUGGAGAGUCGGGGCUGAGGAGCUGCAGCUUCGAGGAUGACCUGAGCCUAGGGGCUGAGGCUCCUGUGUUCAGUGUUGAAGAUGAAGGUCUGGGAGUGGGGAGCUGUCCUCUACUGCUUCCUCCUCCCAAGAGCCGUCAGAAAGGACCAUCCACCAGUACCCCUGGUGAGAAGCUCCGUCUGCCCCAGCUCACCUUGGGCCACAGCAUGGCUUCCAGUGGCUUCUCUUCCUCCACCAGUCGCACUGCUUUCAGUGUGUCGGAGGUCCUGCAGCUGUGUUCGGAGGAUGCGGAGGACACCCUGUACCAGCUGGGCUUCGGCAGCGAGGUGGCCCAGCCCUCGGCUCGAAUCCCCCCCCGCUUCCUCAGAUUCCCCUCCCGGCUCGGCGGCAUCAGCUUCCGGCUCUUCCUGCAGGCGCAGCUGCUGAGGCUUCGCCAGGAGGACCCCGACCUGUCCCUGGCCAGUCGCUUCCGGCAGGUGGAGGUCCUGACAGCCAUGGCAAACGCCUUCUCCUCGCUCUACUCCCACGUCUCCCGCACGCCGGUCCAGAAACUAGCGCCUCCGGACCUCAGCCUUUCCUCGCCGUCGGCUGACAGGACGACGGCGAGGUUCCUGAGCAGCGUGCGCAGCGAGCCACGCUCCCCCGUGGACCGGCUGAAGGACACCGUGUCCAGGAUGUGCCUCUACACUGGGUCCUCCCGGGGCUCUGAGAACGGGACCCCGCAGCCCUCACCCAGGAAGAGGGCCAGCCUGCCCGACCUGGUGGACCUGCUGAUGGAGAAUACCAGCGAGCGGGCCAGGGUAGAAGACCAGGGUUCAGGGGUAGAGGACCUGGGGUCAGGGGUAGAGGACCUGGGGUCAGGGGUAGAGGACCAGGGUUCAGGGGGGAGGGUAGAGGACCAGGGUUCAGGGGGGAGGGUAGAGGACCUGGGGUCAGGGGUAGAGGACCUGGGGUCAGGGGUAGAGGACCUGGGAUCAGGGGUAGAGGACCUGGGGUCAGGGGUAGAGGACCAGGGUUCAGGGGAGAGGGUAGAGGACCAGGGUUCAGGGGGGAGGGUAAAAGACCAGGGUUCAUGGGUAGAGGACCAGGGUUCAGGGGUAGAGGACCAGGGUUCAGGGGUAGAGGACCAGGGUUCAGGGGUAGAGGACCUGGGGUCAGGGGUAGAGGACCAGGGUUCAGGGAGGAGGGUAGAGGACCAGGGUUCAGGAGUAGAGGACCAAGGUUCAGGGAGGAGGGUAGAGGCCCAGGGAUCAGGGGGGAGGGAAGAGGACCAGGGUUCAGGGGUAGAGGACCAGGGUUCAGGGGGGAGGGUAGAGGACCAGGGUUCAGAGGGGAGGGUAGAGGACCAAGGUUCAGGGGUAGAGGACCUGGGUUCAGGGGGGAGGGUAGAGGACCAGGGUUCAGGGGUAGAGGACCUGGCUUCAGGGGGGAGGGUAGAGGACCAGGGUUCAGAGAGGAGGGUAGAGGACCAGGGUUCAGGGGGGAGGGUAGAGGACCACACCCUACAGCAGACCAACUCUUUUGAGCUGGAGGAGGUUGUCAUUGCUGGCGAGGACGAGCCUGAACAGGACAGUCCUGGGAUGAUGGGUUUACUGGGAUCCUCGGGGCUCCAACUCAAAGGUCUGGUGGGUCGUGGGGACAGUCUCCAGUCAGACAGCAGCGGCUAUGCAGAGGAGGACAUCAGCCUUCCAGACAGCUGA